AUGCCUGCGCCAACCUACAUCAUCAGCAAGGUCGCUGACCCGAUCUUUGCUCUCUUCAUUGGGUUGUCUGCUGCAGCAACGAGGAUCAACCGUGAGGAGAAGGAUAAGGGCAGGUCAACUUCUGACACUAUCAAUGCGGGUCUGAGGAGGACUGGUCUAUCCAGGUUUGCUUCAUCGCCCUCGCAACACUGA